AUGCACUGCAACACUCUCUCCCUCGCCGCUGUGGCUCUCCUCGCCAGCUCGGUCAACGCCCACGGCCACGUCGCUAAGGUCAUUGCUGGUGGCAAGGAGUACACUGGUGGUAUUCCCCACGGUGCUCCCUCCGACGCUGUUGGCUGGGCUGCUGGAAACCAGGACAACGGCUUCGUCGAGCCCAACUCCUUUGGCACUGCCGAUAUCAUCUGCCACAAGAGCGCUCGCCCCGUCAGCAACGCCGUCACCGUCGCUGCUGGUGAUGUUGUCACCCUGAAGUGGGACACCUGGCCCGAGUCUCACCACGGUCCCGUCACCGAGUACCUCGCCCCCGUCAGCGGCGACUUCUCCAGCAUCAACAAGGGAAGCCUCCGAUGGACCAAGGUCGCCGAGAAGGGUCUUAUCUCUGGCAACAACCCCGGCCGCUGGGCUUCCGACGAGCUCAUCUCUGACGGUAACUCCUGGAAGUUCACCGUCCCCAGGAACCUUAAGGCCGGUAACUACGUUCUCCGACAUGAGAUCAUCGGUCUUCACUCCGCUGGCCAGACCAACGGUGCCCAGGCCUACCCCCAGUGCAUCAACCUCAAGGUCACUGGUGGUGGCUCCCAGGCUCUCAGCGGCGGUGGUGACUUCACCAAGUUCUACACCCCCACGGACCCCGGUAUCAAGUUCAGUCUCUACGGACAGUUCAACUCCUACGAUAUCCCCGGCCCUGAUGUUCAGCGCAUCUAA